AUGUUCACUCUACUCCGAGACGUUCUUCUCUUGGGCACUCUCGCUGCAGGUGCACCGAAUCCCCACCCGCGACAGUGGCAACCCACAACCGGACGAGCAAUCUAUUUCCUCACCAACGACGCCGAGAAUGCAGUAGUCGCAGUUCCCAUCGCAGCCGACGGCACUCUCAUGGGCGGAACCGUAACCCUCACCGGCGGCGCAGGGUCCAACGCCAUCAACGGGAUGACCAACGCGACCGCAGCUCCAGACGCACUGCUAUCCCAAUCCUCCCUAGCAAUCGCCGGCAACCACCUCUUCGCCGUCAACCCCGGCUCCAACACCCUCAGCAUGCUCUCCAUCUCGCCCUCCGACCCCACCCACCUCACCCCCAUCGGCCACCCCGCCCCCAUCCCCGGCGACUUCCCCACCACCGUCGCCGUCUCCGCCCAGCACCGCCUCGCCUGCGUCGGCACCACCGGCGCGCGCGCCGGCAUCUCGUGCGCGCGGUUCUCGCCCGCGACGGGGCUCGACGCCGGCGGCGGCGACGCGCUGCGCCCCUUCGACCUCGGCCAGACCACGCCGCCCGCCGGCCCCGCCAACACCGUGUCGCACGCCUUCUUCUCCGCGGACGGGUCCGGGCUGUACACGACCGUCAAGGGCGAUCCCGCCGCGGGCAACAACACUGGGUUUUUCUCCGUCUUCGCGGUGGAACGCAGCGACGGUAACGCUGCGGCAAGGCUCGCGACCGAGGACACGCGCAGCUCGCCGUCCGGCACGGCGCUGCUGUUCGGCGCGGCCGACGUCCCCGGGACGGCGGACGUCUUCGUGACGGACCCGUCGUUCGGGGCGGCGGUGCUGGCGGUGGACGGGCAAAGCGGCGAGGCGCGGCUGGUGGCGAGGGGCGCGAUCGAGGGGCAGAAGGCGACGUGCUGGGCGACGGUGUCGGCGGCGACGGGCACCGCGUUCGUGGCCGACGCGGGGGUGAAUCGCGUGGUGGAGAUGAGCGUGGAGGAUGCGAGCGUCGUGUCGGUGCUGGAGCUGGGCGGCGGCCCGCUGGAUGAUGCCGAUCCGGGACUGACGGACUUGAAGGCGGCGGGGGGGUUCGUGUACGCGCUGUCGCCCGGGAAUGGGACGACGGGGGCGGCGGUGGCGGUGUUGGAUGUUUCGGGGGGGAGGGGGAAGGGGAGGAUGGUGCAGCAUUUUGAGGUGGGGGGGCUGGGGGCGGGGAAGAAUGCGCAGGGGAUGGUGGUGCUGGUUUGA